UGGAGUCUGUCUACUCUGUAGAGAAUCAACUCGCUAUUCGGGCUGACGAAAUUCGUCCAAUCAGAUGAGGCGAGCGGGUAGGUAUGGUUACUGUGUACGGAGUACCUUCUAUAAAGUACCUAGGUGGUAGAGGGAGCGAUAGAAACAGAAUAUACGAACGAAAUGCUUUGAAAUUCACAGUCCUCUCAACUCUUCGACCAAAAGAUACAGGCAACUAGAUACGGUCUUUGAUUGUCCGUGUGGGAUGGCGGUUUGUUCGAUACUGUGCAGUAGUACUCCGUGCUCCAUGGAAUCUAGAUGAUGGAUAUUCCAGGGCCGAUCAAUCAUCCUCUCUCUCGUACUCAACACAUCAGAGCAACCACCCCUACAAUACUUACUAUUCUUGCCAAUCCGAUCCCAUCCCCCUCCCAUGAAAGAAAAAUUACUCUGAUCAUUCUAUCAAUCUCAUCCAUUCAUCUACCUAGCUUCAACACUUUUCCGCCAUCCGCUCCGGCGCCCGCGGUCGCACGCGCCCGCCCGUCACACAUCAUGCACAUGCGGUCUUUUCCACUAAAUCCGACAAUAUGCACACGAGCCGAACGGGUGUUGCAGGACAGCAUGGCAAGCCAGAACACGCGGGACACGUGUGAGGUGAGGGGAUCGGUACCUAUCUAUUCUCUCGGUUCUUGAUUUGAGUUGGACUGUGACGUGUGUUAUUGGUUCAAAUUGAUGCCCUUUUGAUACCCGUUUUUUUCUUGGGCGCUUGUGGGCGAGAGGCUCGUUUUCAUCGUGAUGAAUGUUGAACGGGAUGAGGGCGUUUGCUGGUCUGUUGCAUGUGUACGUGCGUGCAUGCAUACACACACAUAAACUUUCGAGCAAGCAAGCAAACGGAUAAUGAUUGCUUGUACGGAGCAAUAUGCCACCAUAACACAGUAAAUUCGCCGCCGCCAG